AUGGCCAAUCUAUCUGUGGAUUCCAAAGCUUCUGGCGAUAAUGCCAAUCAUGAUAUCGCACAACAUGAUGACGAGAAGCAACGUUUCGUCCCAUGCAGCUUUGUAUCGUUUCAUUUCUUUGUCGGCAAUCGUGGUGACCGAGAUAUUCCACAGGGCCGAUGUCUAACUGGCUUCAGGGGCGUCUUGGGAUUAUCAUCAAAGAACAAUGGGAUAUUGUCUCUGACGCUGGAAUAUAUGAUGAGAAUCCCCCCUGAAGAGACACAGUUCUCUCCAAGGAUAUUGCUGAGACCCCAGAUAAAGCUUCCCAAGAUGUUUCCAAGUGACAAGAAUGAGCUGAACGAAAUUGUUCUUUGGCAUAUCGAUCUAACAGACAUGAACAUCCUAGUCGAUGACGACGGAAAGGCUCACUAG